CAGGAAUCAUGACAGAGUGGACUUUGCUCAAACGUCUCCUGGAUGCUGUCCAUCAUCACUCCACUAUGAUCGGACGCCUAUGGCUCACAGUCAUGGUUAUCUUCAGGCUGCUCAUUGUUGCUGUUGCUACAGAGGAUGUGUAUACGGAUGAACAAGAAAUGUUUGUUUGCGACACUUUACAGCCAGGAUGUUCAACUGUGUGCUAUGACACAUUUGCACCCAUCUCACAGCCUCGGUUCUGGGUGUUUCACAUAAUCAGUGUAUCCACUCCGUCGCUUUGCUUUAUCAUUUACACAUGGCAUAACCUGUCCAAGCAACCACAGAAUAGCUCUCAGAUGCUGGGAAAACGACCAAGGCAUAAAGCCAUUGAUGUAAAGCAAGAGGAAAGACAACAGACCUUCGACUGCAGCUGUGACUCGGACAGUUGCUCAAUCCACUCCCAUAAACAUCUAGGUCACAGCCUAGCAGAUGUGCUGGAGGACCUCACUACACAGAACAUUCAGAAAAAGGACCUAAACAAUACAGUGAACUUGAUCCAUCCCCAAACCUGCACCUUCAGAGAGGACACUGAGGUAGCUCAAGUUGUUUCUGGUGGAGUUCAGUCCAAAUGUUACAUUUUCCAUGUUUGUCUGAGGGCUGUUUUGGAGAUCUGCUUUGUCUUGGCCCAGUGGAAGCUGUAUGGCUUCCAUGUACCUGUCCAAUUUCUUUGCACUUCUUCCCCAUGCAGGCAACCGGUGGACUGCUACAUAUCCAGGCCCACAGAGAAGACUAUCUUCCUCCUCUUUAUGUUCUGUGUAGGAGUUUUCUGCAUUCUGCUGAACUUCCUAGAGUUAAAUCAUCUGGGUUGGAAAAAGAUUCGUCAUGCAUUGAGGUUGAGAGAGAAAAAGUCUUGGGAUGGCUGUCCAGGUAUCCAGGGUGGAUAUAAACCUUUUCCACCUGACAGCCCUUCACUCACAUCUUCUUUUGGAUUUAGGGAUGUGACCAGCACUACCUCUCUACCCACUCUGGAUCUGGUGGUGGGUCACCAGCCUGAUUGGAGCUGCGCACUUAGCCGUGAAGUUGUGGAAGUAGAAGUCAGGCCUGGACGAGCAAAGAGGUCGGACUCGCAUAAACACGAGAGGCAGCUUCUGAAGAGCAAGAAGGAGAUUGAAAGGUGCAAACAGAGGAGUGCUGAGGUCUGGAUAUAGACUGCCUGUGAAGAACCAUGUUGUUUUAUGCAGACAAAACUGGUCAAAAAUGCCUGCUGCUGUGGAAUGUGAGAAAACUCAUUUACAACAGUUAACUUACAGUUAGCUUUAAGACACUUUUAUGGUAGCUUUCAGUUUGAAAUGACAACUAAAUGGCAUGGCUCAAUGUAAUGUGAGGCAAAUUUCAUUAAGCAUAACCUUUCUGUGAAACGUUUGGUACUAUUGUUUAAUAAGUCUGUGCUUAUAAACCCAGGCGGGACCAUCCACAAGUUUUUCAAUAUUUGUGAGCAGAAGGGCUGAUAAUAACAUACUCACAGCCUUAAGGUUGUCCUCUUCUAAGUAGUCGAUAUCUUAAUUUCAGAUGAGUUGGGGAUCAUGUCCUUGUAAUUUGAACAACACAACUAAUUAUAUAAAUAUAUUGUAGCCUUGAUUAUUGGGAUUAAUAUUUGCAUUUUCUCUUCAGCAGUG